AUGUCGAGGAGCGCGGAGGAGGUGAACAAGCUUACCGAAAGUACAUACAAGAAUGUAAUGGACCAGUUCAACCCAGGUCUGAGAAACCUGGUCAACCUGGGGAAGAACUACGAGAAAUCUGUAGCAGCAAUGACCUUGGCAGGAAGACUAUAUUUUGAUGCCAUGUCUAAAAUUGGGGAGAGCGCAGUGGUGUCUCCCGUAUCCAGAGACUUAGGAGUGGUGCUGAUGGGAAUCUCAGAAGUCCACCGGAAAGUGUUUUUUGAGUGGGAGGACAAUUUUAAGAGGUUCCACAGGGAGAUUAUAACAGAGCUGGAAAGGAAGACUGACAUGGAUGUGAAAUACAUGACGGCCACGUUUAAAAGGUACCAGAUGGAACACAAGAUGAAGCAGGACUCUUUGGAGAAAUCCCAGGCUGACCUGAAGAAACUGAGAAGGAAAAGCCAGGGCAAGAACGCCAACAAGUAUGAGAACAAAGAGAGCGAGUGCUUGGAGACGCUAACCAACCGGCAAAUGGACAUGCAGCUUUUCAUCGCCGACGGCUGCAAAGAAGCUCUGCUGGAGGAGAAGCGCCGCUUCUGCUUUCUUGUUGACAAACACUGCAUGUUCUCCUAUCAGAUCGCGUCAUUCCACGACAAGGCAAGAGACAUCCUGACGGCGAAGCUGAGCAGCUGGCAGGACCAGUGCAACGACGCCACCGACAUGCCCGAAAGUGUCGUCACCAUGAUCGAGGGUCUGCGCACGCCCGUCUCUAUCACGCCGUUGCCCUCGCCAACACCAUCGCGGCACAGCUUGAAUAUCUCAGCUCCACCCGCUCCGUCUCAGAAGGCUCACGUCAGCCCACUCGUGAGCAUGUUUACCCCGGACAACAAAACUCCCAGCGGGACCAGAACGAGCAACAACAACACAGACCACGAUAGCAACGGGGAGAACAAUCUGGCCCGGUCGGUGUCAGUGGCCACGGGCCUCAAUCACGUAGUAAAAAGGCCUCGGGUUCGCACCAUCUUCCCCCACGCGGCUGGCAACAACAACACCUUGCUCAGCUUCGACGAGGGAGAUGUCAUCAUUCUGCUUAUACCCGAGGAGAAAGAUGGAUGGAUGUACGGCGAAAUGGAGAAGAACGGAAAGAGGGGCUGGUUCCCUUCGUCAUACUGCCGCGCGUUCUCGGAACCGCUCGUGAACAACAACAGCGUGUCGGCGGCGCCGUACCGCAGCCGCAGCGUGGUCAACCUGCACCACCAAGACACGGAAACGGAUGAGGCCACCAUGAUCCUCCCACCGGAGGACUAUGCUGACAACCGCGCCGCCGCCAAGACGUCCGCCAGCACCUUCGCCACCGCCAACCACCACCGGCGGCACUCGCCCACACCGUCCGCCGUCUCAACUUCGUCCUCCGAAUACCACACGACAAACCAGCCUAACGGCAUCUCCAGACCGACACCUGCCUACCUGGCGGGAGGUAACCCGUUUUCUACCGUGCGAUUACGUCCCACCGUCACCAACGACCGUUCGGCCCCGGUCAUCUGA